AUGCUGCCUCUUCGUCUCGUUUGGCUUGGUCCUAUAUUCACCUUGGUUGGGGGUGGAUCAAGUGUAGGAAGCAUCGCAUUUUUCGCUAUCACAAGCGACAUCACUCCAGACGCCAAGAGAACCGAUAUCUUCUUUCUCGCCGCCGCCACGAAUCUUAUUGCCGAAUUGAUCGCCCCUAGUACCAAAACACAGAGCUCUCUCUUCACCACAGUCAAACACCAACUCUCGACCCAUCCUCCAGACUUUAGUAUCCUCAAUCUUAAUCCUCCACUCCGCACCUCUAAUUCUGCUCCUCGUCACCUUCAUCAUCCAAUCGUUCAGCAGCCAAUCCGUCGAUAUCUCCCUCCGUUACAUCAGCAACCGCUUUCACUUUCCUCUCCGUUUCAGCUCCUUCCUCUGGUCCCUCCGCGCCGCCGUGCAAAUCACCCUGUUCCUACUCGCUCUUUCCUCCCUAUCGCAUGUCAUGACUGCCCAUCUCCAUAUCCCCUCCUCAAAGAAAGACCUCUACUUGGCCAGGGCCUCAAUACUCAUCCUCACCCUCGGUUCCAUCUUAAUCGCCGCAUCCACAACGCUGCCAUUGGCGGUCUUCGGAAUGGCGGUCUUUACCUUGGGUACGGGAUAUAUCUUCCUAACACGCUCCCUAAUAACGACGCUGGUCGAUCAGCAGCACACUGGACAGCUGUAUGCGGCGGUGGCGGGUAUCGAGACGAUCGGAAAGCUGAUCGCGGGACUAGGUUUUGCGCAGCUUUACAUUAUGAGACUGAGAUUGAAAGGCGCCUGGGUUGGGUGUCACAUGUGGCUUGGCAGGGGUAG